GUAAAUAAUAAUUUAUAGCAAUGCAUAUUUUAGUAUUGGGUAUUACUAUAAGUAUAUUGCCGAUUGCGACUUUUAGUAAUUUGUGUGGAAUAACCCUGUGGUGUACUGGGUUAACUAUUCUCCUAGUCGAGAAAUUGGCUGUACAGUUAAGAAUUUAGUCUUUAAUUUUUUUUUUUUUACCAAAAAUGGACGGUCCUUCGACCAGCUCUGAUAUUUGCAAGAAACUCACAUACUCCAUUCAUUCGUGUUCAAGCCACUUACCUUGUUAUAUACCAGAUUUAAAUGUUAAAAACAGGAAUAUUUUACAUAAUAAUCAAGAAGAUCAAAGUUCUAGAUGGUCUUCGCAAUCAAAUAGUCCUCCACAAUAUCUGAUUUUAAAAUUACAAAAUACUUCCGUAGUAAAGUUUAUUAAAUUUGGGAAGUACGAGAGACCCCAUGUGUGCAACUUAAAAAGAUUUAAAGUUUUCGGUGGACUAGAAGAGGACACAAAAAUUGAACUAUUGUAUAGUGGCCUCAGUAAUAACAGUGAUUUAGAAACAUUUGAAUUGCGUCAUACUCUUGAAGACAGCUCAAUGAUACCAAUUAGAUAUAUACGACUAGAGCCUCUAGAAUCUUGGGGUUCGAAUUUCAAUUAUAGUCUCUGGUAUGUCGAACUUCAUGGUAUUGACGAUCAAAAUAUAAUUUCAAAUGAAAUUAUUAAGUUUUACAGGUAUCGCGAAGAAAGAUUGCUUCGUCUGUGUUUGAAACAUUUUCGCCGCAACCACUACAACUCGGCAGCUGCCGGACUAUUACAAAACUUCAAAAUAACUCUGGAACAUCCCUUUUUAUCACAACUUUUCAAUGUAAUAGUUACUAACGGGAACUAUGAAAUGGCUGAAACUUCAAUGGAUGAAGCAAUAAAGGAAGGUUUGUUAGAGAAUUAUAUGGAGCGCCAAAGUUUCAAACCGAUUUGGAAAAUAGUACAAGAAAAUGAACAUGCCGGCAAAAAACGGCCGUGUAUGCGUGGCGGUCAUCAAAUGUGCAUUGACUCUCAAACAGGCAUUAUUUAUUUACUAGGCGGUUGGGACGGACAUAAAGACUUGUCCGAUUUAUGGAGCUUUAAUGUUUCUACAAGCGUUUGGCAAUGUAUAGCGACUAAUGUUGAAGAAUAUGGCGGACCGAGUCCUCGAUCAUGCCAUAAAAUGUGUAUAGACAUAGAAAGAAAACAUAUUUUUGUGCUUGGGCGAUUUUGUGAGAUUCAGUCACACCCAAGUGAUUAUCCCAAGAGCGAUUUUUAUAUGUAUGACAUUGAACAAAAUUGUUGGACGUUGAUAUGUGCUGAUACAAAUCAAAUGGGGGGUCCAAAACUAUUGUUUGAUCAUCAAAUGGUAAUGGACUCCGUUUCAUCGACUAUUUAUGUGUUUGGUGGUAGAAUUGUAGCAUCCUCUUCUAGAUGCAGUGCCGAUGAAUCUCAAAAAAACAACCCAGAUUUCUCAGGGUUUUAUAAGUACCAUGUUCCUACUAACACCUGGUCGUGUAUUUUGCCCGAUACCUUCCACGAGGUUAAAGUUCAAGACGGAAUCGUUUCACAUAAUCCACAAACAGUUGCAUCACGGGGGGGCCAUUCUAUGUUGUUACACUCUAGUUUAAGACGAAUUUACAUUUUUGGCGGCCAACGACAAAGGUGGGCUCAGAAAUGUCCUGAAUUUUUGUGGUAUGAUAUUGAUACGGGCCUUACACAAGCUAUGCCUUUACCUUCUACCGUUGAGAAACCACCUAUGGGAUAUACUCAACGAGCUACUAUCGAUACUGAUCACGAUGAAAUCUACGUUUUAUCGAGUUUAAGCAAAGAUAAGGAUCGUAGGGAAGACAAAGUACAAAAUGCAUUUUGGGUGUACUUCAUCAAACAAAAUAAGUGGAUGUGUAUUUACAGAAAUCACAAUUCUGAUGAACAAUAUUGGAAUACAAUGCAACACUUAGAGCCAUGCCCUCGUUUCGCUUAUCAACUGGUGUACGAUCAUAAGAAUAAAACACAUUAUUUGUUUGGCGGAAAUCCUGGGAGGUCAGAUGCUCAAAAUUUAAGACUCGACGAUUUCUGGGAACUUCAUGUGUAUAGAUGUACUACUAAAGAAUUAAGCAAUCAGUGUAAAUUACUAAUUCGAAAAUACAAGUUUCAUGAAAUAAAAAAAAAAGACAAGAUAGCAGCCAUGCAAUUUUUACAAACGUCUGUUUCAGAACUAAUUGAUCACUCGGAUGUUGCUCAAACUCGUAAAUUUCAGGAAACUGCUGCUUUGUUAUUUAAAGAUGACAACCAAACUGGUGAUAUAGCUGAUCAAAUACAUGAAUGGCGUUGUAGUUUAUUUGACAAAUUGUGCGAUUUCUUCCCCAAAUCCAUGGUUCAACCAAAAGAAAAUUUAAUUGAUUUAAUUACUUUAUAAUGUGACGGCGUAUGUUAUUUCAAUUUGUACGUUUAUAACAUAAGAUUUGAAACCAACCCAUAGAAAUAUAAUUUCACCAUUAAUUGUUUUACAAUGUUUAGAUAUUAUUGACAACAUUAAUUAAAAACAGAUCUAUAAUCGUAAUCCAAAUUUUACUUAAAAUUAACUAGUACUACUAAUUACAAUAUUUAUUAGUACCUAAUUAAUUUUAGCUACAAUUAUAAGUCACUUAAUGUGAUAUUAAAAUUUGUUAAUUAAAAAAAAAAAAUCUGACGUUUAUCUUAAUUGUAUUUUAGAAUUUGUUACCAGUAUUUAUUUACAAAACUAAUUUGUAAGACUAAGGUAAUAAGGUGGCUUUUAAUUUUAAAUAACAGAUAAAGAUACAUUAUGAUGUAUAAUUUUGCCUUGGCCACACUGGCCAUUAAAUGUGUACUAUUUAAUUAGUGAUACUCGACGGGCUUAAUUUUUUUACAAAUAUAAUAAUAACAAUAUGAUCUCUGGGGUUAGUACCUAAAACAUUGGUGUUUUACAUAUAAGUUGUAGGAAUAAGUUUAUUAUUUAUAUUAUUAAAUUAUAUAUUAUUAUGUUACUCAACAGUUUCAGUUUAAAUUAUUAAUUCAUUUUUCAAUGUAAAUUUUUUUUUGAAAUACUUAAUAAUUUUUUUUAUUAAUUAUCAUUAGAGUUGUAUAUGUUUAAGCAAAUACAA